AUGAGUUGGAUCAGAGGAAGAGUGGACCAGAGGAUGAGAGGAUCAGAGGAUGAGGUGGAUCAGAGGAUGAGAGGAUGGGUGGACCAGAGGAUGAGUGGACCAGAGGAUGAGAGUAUCAGAGCCCUUCCACUCCCUUCUCACCCCUCCCACUCACCUCUCCCACUCACCUCUCCCACUCGCCCCUCCCACUCCCUUCUCACCCCUUCCACUCACCCCUCCCACUCCCUUCUCACCCCUCCCACUCGCACCUCCCGCUACCUUCUCACACCUUCCACUCACCCCUCCCACUCCCUUCUCACCCCUCCCACUCGCACCUCCCGCUACCUUCUCACACCUCCCACUCACCCCUCCCACUCACCCCUCCCACUCCCUUCUCACCCCUCCCACUCGCACCUCCCGCUACCUUCUCACACCUCCCACUCACCCCUCCCACUCACCCCUCCCACUCCCUUCUCACCCCUCCCACUCGCACCUCCCGCUACCUUCUCACACCUCCCACUCACCCCUCCCACUCACCCCUCCCACUCCCUUCUCACCCCUCCCACUCACCCCUCCCACUCCCUUCUCACCCCUCCCACUCGCACCUCCCGCUACCUUCUCACACCUUCCACUCACCCCUCCCACUCCCUUCUCACCCCUCCCACUCGCACCUCCCGCUACCUUCUCACACCUCCCACUCACCCCUCCCACUCACCCCUCCCACUCCCUUCUCACCCCUCCCACUCGCACCUCCCGCUACCUUCUCACACCUCCCACUCACCCCUCCCACUCACCCCUCCCACUCCCUUCUCACCCCUCCCACUCGCACCUCCCGCUACCUUCUCACACCUCCCACUCACCCCUCCCACUCACCCCUCCCACUCCCUUCUCACCCCUCCCACUCACCCCUCCCACUCCCUUCUCACCCCUCCCACUCGCCCCUCCCACUCCCUUCUCACACCUCCCACUCGCCCCUCCCACUCCCUUCUCACACCUCCCACUCACCCCUCCCACUCACCCCUCCCACUCCCUUCUCACCCCUCCCACUCACACCUCCCACUCACCCCUCCCACUCCCUUCUCACACCUCCCACUCGCACCUCCCACUCACCCCUCCCACUCCCUUCUCACCCCUCCCACUCACACCUCCCACUCACCCCUCCCACUCCCUUCUCACACCUCCCACUCACCCCUCCCACUCACCCCUCCCACUCCCUUCUCACCCCUCCCACUCACCCCUCCCACUCACCCCUCCCACUCCCUUCUCACACCUCCCACUCGCACCUCCCGCUACCUUCUCACACCUCCCACUCACCCCUCCCACUCACCCCUCCCACUCCCUUCUCACCCCUCCCACUCACCCCUCCCACUCCCUUCUCACCCCUCCCACUCGCCCCUCCCACUCCCUUCUCACACCUCCCACUCGCCCCUCCCACUCCCUUCUCACACCUCCCACUCACCCCUCCCACUCACCCCUUCCACUCCCUUCUCACCCCUCCCACUCACACCUCCCACUCACACCUCCCACUCACCCCUCCCACUCACCCCUUCCACUCCCUUCUCACCUCUCCCACUCGCCCCUCCCACUCCCUUCUCACCCCUUCCACUCACCCCUCCCACUCCCUUCUCACCCCUUCCACUCACCCCUCCCACUCCCUUCUCACCCCUCCCACUCACCCCUUCCACUCCCUUCUCACCUCUCCCACUCGCCCCUCCCACUCCCUUCUCACACCUCCCACUCACCCCUCCCACUCCCUUCUCACCCCUUCCACUCGCACCUCCCGCUACCUUCUCACCCCUCCCACUCACCCCUCCCACUCCCUUCUCACCCCUCCCACUCGCACCUCCCGCUACCUUCUCACACCUCCCACUCACCCCUCCCACACGCCCCUCGCACUCCUUUCUCCCCCCUUCCACUCACCCCUCCCACUCACCCCUCCCACUCCCCGGCCCGUGA